AUGUGCAGAGCCCUAGCUGCGAUACCAAAGUCCCAAAGGAAGGACGGGACAUACCAAUCACAACUCGAGUGGUCGAAAAUUGAAUGGGAAAGCAAUGCAUCCUCUAUGGAGAUCUAUCACUACUUUGGUGGUCCUUCUCUUUUUAUCAAAGUGAAAAAAUUCCUUCCUACCGACACCGACCAGACCAAGCUGUGGGGGAAGAGCGAAACAGGUUGGACGUGGAUUGACACGCCGCCUCUUGGUUUGCUCGAGUGUCCCUCGGGGCGAGCUUUCCACCAAUACGUCUCGGACUGCGUACCACAUUGUGUGCAACGUACUGCCAAUGCCGGCGUUUUGCAGGCAAUAGCCACGCGUUGUGAAACCGACGAUUCAGGGCUGUUAGCUAACGCUGCGAGGCUUUGGACGGCAACCCAUCUGCUGCUACAGGGCUGGCAAGCAAAUGGUAUCCUUGUGAUUACCGACCCAUCAAGUCCCUACUAUGGAAUGCAGCCUGCCCCGAGAGUUAUACAGAACGUGCUGGAUCAGGGCCUGGAAUCAUAUAUCGCUGAGAUUGAGCUUGAGCUUCUUGUGGGGAUCAAUAAGGCGAUUAAGGACCGGACCUUAAAGAGUCGAUGGGAGGAGACCUUUAGCGCAACAUUCAUUUUACUGGCGGUGAUGGAGAAGGAUAUUUGGAGGCUGAUGUACUGGAUCCGCCAUCCGGGCCAGUGGCGUCAUCCCGACUCUGCUCGAUACCUCAUCGACCGUACUGCCUUCCAGGCAAAUGUCCUACUCAGCCACAUCAAAAUUGCUGGAUAUGUCCCUGCUGCUUUUAGAGCGGCUCAGUUACACUUACCGAGUGGUGACGCGAAGUCCCAAUACCUUGAGAGCAACGACGAUAGUCUUUGUGGGACUUUGACCAAGAUUGUAUUACUUGACGAGGACGAGGAGUACCAACAGGUGGCGGGCAAAGAUUUCUCGUAG